AUUGGUUAGCGUCAUCGAAAAAAACGAUAUAUCGAUUGUUAGUAGAUCAAUUAUUCCAAUAUAAAAUUCGACAAUCGAUUAUUGUAAUCCGAUUAUCGGUUAAUUUGUAAAAACAAAAAAAAAAAUUUAUACUGGGAAAUUAAAAACCGUCUCGAAAUAUAAUUAAUUAUCUUUCCCAAUUGAUUAAAGGGAAAAUGAGGUGAAGGAUUAGAAACCGGACGUUGCGAGUUUAUAUUAUUAAUAUAAUUUAAAAAAAUUACAUAUUAAAACCGGUUGUAAAAUAUCUUUUACGUGAAGAUGAUAAAAGUUAGCGUUUCUUCCUCAUACUUUUUAUUUUUCAUUCAGUAUUACUAUGGGCGGGUCUAGUUUUUACGUGCAAUUAACUGGACUCUUUCAAGAAAUACUCCCUUUUUAAAUGUUUAUUUCUAGGAUUAAUCAUGUCUCUGGCAAGCAAAAUUUUCCUGAUAAUUCCUGUACUUGCAGCUUUAAUAGCUGGUAUUUACGGAAAAGAACAACCUGCCAGAGUCGUAUGUUACUUCAGUAACUGGGCAGUUUACAGACCUGGUAUUGGAAGCUAUGCCAUCAAGGAUGUCCGUGGAGAUUUGUGUACCCAUGUCAUUUAUUCCUUUAUCGGAGUCAGCAAUGUUACCUGGGAGUACCUCGUUAUAGAUCCUGAGCUCGAUAUCGAAAAAGGUGGUUUUAAAGAAUUUGUUAACUUGAAAAAUAAAUUCCCUGGUCUGAAGACCCAAGUUGCUGUUGGAGGAUGGGCUGAAGGUGGAAGGAAAUAUAGCACUCUUGUAAGCAGUAAACAACGUCGAGAUACUUUCAUCAAAAGCAUCGUUUCGUUCAUGCAUGAAUAUGGAUUCGAUGGAUUUGAUUUGGACUGGGAAUACCCUGGAGCAACAGACAGAGGUGGUAAAUACUCAGACAGAAACAACUUCUAUUACUUUGUUGAAGAACUCAGAAGAGCUUUUGAUAAGGAAAAUAAAGGAUGGGAAAUUACUAUGGCUGUACCUAUGGCCAAAUUUAGAUUAGCUGAAGGAUAUCAUGUUCCAGAGCUUUGCGAAAACUUGGAUGCUAUUCAUGUAAUGUCUUAUGAUCUCCGUGGCAACUGGGUUGGUUUUGCUGAUGUUCACAGCCCUCUCUAUAAAAGGCCUCAUGAUCAAUAUGCUUAUGAGAAACUCAAUGUCAAUGAUGGUCUUCAACUCUGGGUCGAUUUCGGAUGUCCUGCCAACAAACUAGUCGUUGGAAUACCAUUUUAUGGACGUAGUUUCACCCUGAGUACCAGCAACAAUAAUUACAACAUGGGGACUUACAUCAAUAAAGAAGCCGGAGGCGGUACGCCUGGAGAAUAUACAGGAGCUAAAGGUUUCCUAGCUUACUACGAGAUUUGCGCUGCAGUACAAGAUCCAGAAGGCGGUUGGACCAAGAAAUGGGAUGAUGUUGGAAAAGUUCCUUACGCCUAUAAAGGAACUCAGUGGGUGGGAUACGAAGAUCCUGAAAGUGUUAAAAUAAAGGUAGAUUGGAUCAAGUCCAAGGGAUAUGCCGGUGCAAUGAACUGGGCUAUUGAUAUGGAUGACUUCCAUGGAAUUUGUGGCGAGAAAGAUGUUCUUACCAAGAUUCUUCAUGACGGUUUGAAAGAUUACAAAGUGCCUGAGCCAGCACCAAACACUAAGCCAAGACCGGAAUGGGACAGACCGCCGAGUACUACUCCAAGUGCUCAUGAAUCAAAGCCAACUCUUCCUCACAGAGAAACUGAAGAAACCACAGGACCUAGUCAAGACCAUAAACCUACCAAACCUCAAGUCCCAGAAGUCGAUACUGAUGAGAAUGAAAUCCAAUGUGAUGGUCAAGACUUUAUGCCUGCUAAAAAUUGCAAAGCGUACUACCGAUGUAUUUAUGGCAAACCACUGAAAUUCGAAUGCCCUGGUGAAUUAGUUUACAAUCGACAAAACUUCAUUUGUGAUUGGCCAGCAAAUGUCGACUGUCCUGCGGAAAACUUUAAUUAAAUUGUGAAUGACAAUUAUAAAUAAUGUUUGACAAUAAUUUUUUAAUAAUAACUUUAUUGAAAAUUAUUUUUCAAAAAACUGUGAAUUACGUAGUGCCAGAUGUUUUAGUAAUAUAAAAGAAAAUACUGGAAUAUCCUUAGUAAGAUAAUGUUUAUCAUUAUUUUUAAAUUUAAAUGUUUACCGUGGAUCAGUAGAAGAGUUAAAGAUCGUGAUAUAAUUUAAUAAACACUUUAUUAUUCCUAUUGUGUACGAUUAUUGAAAAUAAAAUAUUUACGUGAAUAAGUAA